AUGUCGCAACACAGCGGGGACCACUUGGCUGAUGAAGACCAGCGUCCACCGAUGCCCCGUCCGCUGCUGACCACCCUGAUGGGCUGCUGGGUUGGAACGCUGUGCAUGGGCACCGUGCUGGGCUACUCGUCCCCGGCCAAGUACAGCCUGGAGCACACCUUCAAGGACGGGCUGCACGGGUUCGACCUCAGCGCCAACGACUGGUACGACCCCCUGAUGACCAUCGGUGCCGUUCUGGGUGCAAUAGUGAGUGGCGCGUGGCUGCAGGCGCUGGGCCGCAAGAGCAUGCUGACGGUCAUCUCCCUCGGCUUCAUGUGUGGAUGGACGGUGACGUACCUGUCACGCGGAAACACCUUUCACAUCUAUACCGGGCGCUUCCUCACCGGCUUCUCUAUGGGUCUCGUUUCGCUCGUGGCACCUUGUUACGUCGCCGAGGUCACGCUGCCCCACAACCGCGGCACCAUGGGUGGCAUGCUGCAGAUGACCAUCACAGUGGGCAUCUUUUACGCCUACUUGUUGGGUCGCUUCCUCGCCUGGGAUUAUCUUGCCCUGGCCUGCAUGAUACCGGCGGCCCUGCUCUGCAUCUGCUCAAUGUUCUGCGUGGAGUCGCCGCGCUGGCACCUGCUGUCGGGUAGGAAGGCCGACGCGCUCGAGUGCCUAUUUCAACUUCGAGGAGCCCGAGCCGAAGAGGAGUGCAUGGCGAUCGAGAUGGUGUACGUGACAGCGCCACUCCCGCCGGCGCACGUACUGCUAGCCGCGCAAGUCAACUUCCUGCAGCAGUUCUCAGGAAUCAACAUGAUCAUCUUCUACACGUUCAACCUGUUCGCCGACGCCGGCUUGAGCAUUAAGGAGGCGGAUUGCUCAAUUCUCAUUGCCACUCUGCAGGUGUUCGCUACCAUGGUGGCCGUUGCCAUGAUGGACAUGGUGACCCGCAGGCGUCUGCUGCUUGUGUCAUCGCACAUGUGCGUGUUUGCGCUGAUAGCAAUGGGCGCCGUGGCUCACGUAAGCACGGAGAGCGAAGACCGCGAACGCGAUGUGCUCGACCGGAUACCCGUGCUCCUCGUUGCCUUCUACAUGGUCGGCUUUUCGGUGGGCCUGGGCCCCGUCGUGUGGCUGCUGAACGCCGAGCUGGUGCCGUGUCGUGGCAGCGGCUCCCUGCUCGCCAUGGUGACCGCGUUCAACUGGACGUGCGCCGCCGGCGUGACCGCUUUCUUCGAGCAGGUGCGCGACUCGCUGCGGCUAUCCGGACUGGGCUUCUUCUUCAGCGCCAUCACGUUCAUCGGGGCGAUUCUCGUCACUUUCCUCCUCCCCGAGACCGGGCGCAUCACGCUUGAAGAGCUGCUGCAGGAGAACCUCUUCUACGCCGUCGAGGCACAGCCGACGGGGGGCCGCAAGAGCGGCAAGCGGUGA